GGCAGGCAAGCUUUCCUGUCUUUCUGUUAGCUCAGCUGUUGGCGUUUAGUGGUAGAUCAGUAUGGUUUGAGACAAGUACUCCACGAUAACUUUGGAGUAGAUAAAGAUCCGGGUUUGCCAGAGAAGUAAAGAGGGGGAACUUGAAAAUUAAGACGCAGUUUUUUCAGAGAAGGGCGGUGCUGAAAAGGUAGAACAGCCAUGAACUUCUUGCAGCUGUUCCGUUCAGAGGGUUACCCCCUGUACGUACUGUGUGUCCUGCUGGCCACAUAUCUGCUGAACCAGUUAGACCGGUACAUUCUGGCCACGACCAGUGCCCCCAUGGCACAGGACAUCCACUUCGGAGACAAGGGAUGUCUGGAAAACAGUACUGUCACCUUCACUGGGAACGUCACCUGUAAGAGUGUGGAAUCUGAAGACAGCUGCACCAAUCUGACCAACCCUAACGGUACCCAGUACUGUCUGUGGGACUAUAACGGCAGUGGUGAACAGUACCAGGUCCUGGUGGGACCUGCCUUCACUGUGGUCUAUACCAUCACAGGGGUGGUGCUGGGAUUCAUAGCUGAUAUCUGGAAUAGGAAGUACAUUUUAGUGGUGUGUCUAAUGCUGUGGAGUGGAGUGACCAUACUGACUGGGUUUGCUCAGGAGUACUGGCAUGUUGUACUGUUGAGAUUUGCCCUGGGGAUAGGGGAGGCAGGCUGCACUCCAUUUGCUGCUAGUAUCAUUGCAGACUAUUUCUCUGAGGAAAUGAGAGGUUCUGCUAUGGGGUUUUACAACUGGGGCAUCUACACUGGGUACAGUCUCUCCUAUGCCAUGGGCAACUUCAUCACCAAGGCUAACAUCAAUGGACAGGGCUGGAGAUGGGCCUACUUUAUCUCAGGGAUCCCAGGUUUCUUAGUGGGCCUUCUGAUCCUCCUGUCAGUCAAGGAACCGGAGAGAAGGAAGACGGCUAAGGAGAAGGACAGUAAGAAUUACGACCUGUCUCCUCUGAAGAAACUGAUGACCAUCCUGAGAUCCUUCCUCAACCCUUCACUCAUGAUGCUGAUCAUAGCUGGGUCAGUCAGGAAUGCAGCUGGCUAUAUCUGGGGUAACAACACCCAGCUGUUCUUUGAUCACUAUUACAAGGACUCUCAGGUGGGACUGUGGAUGUCCUGGGUGCCGCUGGUAGGGGGGUGUUUCGGCGUGCUGUUUGGGGGGUUCAUCUCGGACAGGGUGGUGAAACGUGUGGGCCCCCAGGGCAGGAUAUGGGUGCUGGUCAUCAGUCAGUUAUGUGCAGCUCCGUUUGCAGCCCUGGCCCUGUACCUGGACCCUCCAUACGCCUUCCUAGUCCUCAUCCCCUCCAACAUCAUCGGUGAGAUGUGGGUGGGCGUGACGCUGGCCGUGGUGGUAGAGCUGGUGCCGUCCUACAUCCGCACCUCCACGGUCGCCGUGUACCUGUUCAUCAGCACCAACAUCGGCGGUAACUCCCCGCUACUCGUCACGCCGCUCAAGAAAGCGACAAACUUCAGAACAGCGCUCACUAUCUUGUUCCCAGGGCUGUAUGUGGCAGGUUCGGUGCUCUUCGUGUUGACCUUACUGGUUCUUCGGCGCGACAUUAAGAAGGUCAAACAGGAGGAAGAGGAGCGACAGCUGUUACUGAACCAGGGAGAAGAUCCUGUGCCUGGAGCACAGCAAGCGUGAACAGCUACAGUACAGUCAAACCUGUACAGGCGACCACCUCAUAUUGUAGUCAUUUGAACUGAACCAACUUUUUUUUCAGUCAAACCUACGGCCAAACCUGUGUAAGAAAAACAGUAAGGGUCAGGGAACCGAUAAAAUCUGGUCUAUGUGGACAGGUGGUCACUUAAUGCUUGUAUCAAUGGGAAAAAUUUUCAAAAAGUGGUCAUGUUGGCCUUAUAUCCUUAUAUGAUGCAAACGAGUUUGGAAAUAAAGAUAUGAAAAGAAUCCAAAACCACUCAGGAGACCAACAUAAUAUAGUCUAUGUGGACAGGUGGUCACUUUGUUCUUAAUGCUCGUGUCAAUGGGAAAAAUUAUCUAUUAUGGACCACCAAAAAUGGCCAGGUGGUCCUCACGUAAAACAUUAUAUAGUAACUACAGAUGGAAUUCUUUGUUAUGAAAUUGAUGAAAAUUAUACUCUCAAGUAUUUUCAUAACACAUACCAAUCUCUGGUGUAAAUGUUUAUGAUAUAGUUAGGAGUCCAUUUAGCUAUUUUUGUCAAAUUUUGUU